UACCAGCGCAGUCGCCCUCUAAGUUAUGAUUGUAUUGGGAACUAUACCGUAAAGUGUCUUAAAGCUGUAGCUCAUAAUAUCAUGGCACACUUGAUAUUUUCUGAGGUUUCUAAAGUACUACUUUGCGUCAAGUCUGUUGGAGAUAUCGAUAGUUACAAAGCAAGAAAUCAUCAGUUUUAUAGUGAUUUGAAGAGAAAGGUUAAAAUUGCAUCCAACUUGACAAUAAAACCUAUAGACCACAUUCUGGAAGACUUGUCUGAAUUUACUUCUUAUGAUGUAAUUAUUUCUGGCUUUAUUUUUCCAUUUUUUGAAAGCCAUACAAGAAAGAUUCUAGGUAAAUAUAAUAAGCUUCUGAGAAUCGGAGGUAUAUUGUAUUUAAGUGAGCCGACUGUUGCAGUUGAAGAUAUAUGUCUAAAAAAUUUAAGAACAGAAAGUAAACUUAUUCAAGACCUUAAAUUAAGCGGAUUUAUUAGCGUUAAUCUUCUUGACAUUAAAAAUAUCGAUACUGAGAAGGAUUACGAUAAAAAAAUUUUGAAUUUAGACAAAAUAAGGCUACUUCAGAUUAAAGCGUAUAAGCCUGAAUACGAAAUUGGGGCAAGUAUCCCGCUUAUUGUUUCCUUGAAGGCAGAUGCGUGUGCGUCUCAACCUCUUGACCAUGAAUUUUUGGAUGAAGAUGACUUGCUCGACGAAAACGAUAGGCAAAAACCCGAUCCUCCCUUACUACCUGAAUGCGGCCCGCGCAGCCUGAAAAAGAGAGCCUGUAAAAAUUGUACUUGUGGUUUUGAUAAGAAGCAAGACGGUCCGAACGAGGAAACUGGGCAAGCAACUACGUCUUGUGGAAAUUGUUAUUUGGGAGAUGCCUUUCGCUGCUCGACCUGCCCUUAUUUAGGACUGCCGGCCUUUGAACCCGGCCAAAAAGUUAUUCUCAGCGCCAAUCAGUUAAGGAGCGAUUUCGACUACUAGACUAUACUAGGCGG